GCAUGUAUUUCCCGUUUAUUAAAAACAAAUAUGUUGUGUAUUUUACGCAUUCUGAUUACCAAGAGUGCCCUUUAUAUGUCUGAGUAGUCUGCAUCAUCGUCACAAUUCGCGCAAGGACCUUAAGGAAACAGUUGAAUAACUCCAAGAGGACGCUAUGAGGCUGCUUCUGUGUUUUUUGGCUGUCGGGUUUGCACUCUUUGCUGGCUCUGCCAGCUCGGAAGAAGUGGCGAAGCGAUCAGUUUGGCGCUUUGCAAGUAUGAUUGCAAAGGCUACCGGCCGAGGGGCGUGGCAGUACACCCACUAUGGUUGUUGGUGCGGCUUGGGCGGGAAAGGUAACCCAGUGGACGCUGUGGAUAGGUGCUGUGUUUGUCACGACGUUUGCUAUAACAAACUCAUUGACCGAGGCAUCUGUAACAAGUCUCGCAUCUACUUGGUUAAUUACUACUUCACAGGUUCCAGCUAUCCCAGAUGUCUUCGAAAGAAGACCUCUGGAUUUUGGCGAUGGAAGAAGACAGUUAAUGUAUCCAGGUGCGGCUACGAGAAAUGUAAAUGCGAUGCGGCAGCGGUUGUUUGCUUUAGGAGAAACUGGUUCAACAAAAAGUACCGGCUCUACAACAAAAACAAAUGUAGCAAGUCCGCAGCACUCGCAAAGUACGUGAAACAGAACACACGUUGCUAAGAGACUAGUUUAUUUGUCAGUCUCAGUAAUUAAACGCUAAUUCAAAAGGCAAAUAUCUGUGUGUGGAUUUUUUUACGGAAUUCUUAAGCUCUAGUAUACCAUAGUUUAGGAGGGCCAUGGGUUAGAAAACUGUCAAAAGUUAUCACGUUACCCUCGUCAAAUAAAGUGUAUUGCAUUGCAGUG